UCGUGCUCUGGAAUCGCUGCCUCUUUCAGCACCAAGAACAGCUACAAGUGCAGCUCCUCGCGCGCCGGCAUGCACUGAAAUGGGGCUGAGAGCCACCGAGCCGGCUCCUUCCCAGCAGCUUCUUCCAGAGCCAGGGAGUACCUCAGCUGCAGGGCAAAAUGCAAGGACAUGAGUCGUUGACUUCCUUCCAGCAUCAGAGCCAUAGAUAUUAAUCUAUAUUUCAACUUCAAUCUACAAUAGCUGAAAACACCUCACCACAAAACAAAUUAACCCAUGGUACUGAUGGACGUUUUUUGUAAAACAUAUUUUAAGAACUUUUGUUGAGAUCUAUUUUCUACUUGUGGCACAAUUCUAUAUUGUUACUUAUUGGGCACUGAUGGUAGCUUUCAGAAGGUGCUGCUUCAAAUGGUCCACCUCCUCUUUUAGCAAGAAGGAACUUCGGGUCUUGGAUAGCAACAACGUCUGCGGGAAAAAUGGUAUACGAAGGAAAGCGGCUCGUCUCCUGCCAUUGUUUCUUCCUAUUAACAGCCAAAUUCUACUGGAUACUCAGUAUGAUGCAAAGAACUCAUGGCCAGGAAUAUGCCCACUCUAUUCGACUGGAUGGGGACAUCAUCUUGGGAGGACUGUUCCCUGUCCAUGCAAAAGGGGAUAGAGGGGUGCCUUGUGGGGAGCUGAAGAAGGAGAAGGGGAUCCACAGACUAGAGGCAAUGCUAUAUGCAAUAGAUCAGAUCAAUAAGGACCCCGAUCUUCUUGCCAAUAUCACUUUAGGUGUCCGGAUCCUAGAUACUUGUUCCAGGGACACUUAUGCAUUGGAGCAGUCCUUAACGUUUGUGCAAGCUUUGAUAGAGAAAGAUGGUUCAGAUGUGAAAUGUGCUAAUGGAGACCCACCUAUUUUCACUAAGCCAGACAAGAUAUCAGGUGUAAUAGGUGCUGCUGCAAGUUCUGUAUCCAUCAUGGUUGCUAAUAUUUUAAGACUUUUUAAGAUACCUCAAGUCAGCUAUGCAUCUACAGCUCCAGAAUUAAGUGAUAACACCAGGUAUGACUUUUUCUCUCGAGUGGUUCCACCUGACUCAUAUCAAGCCCAAGCCAUGGUCGAUAUUGUGACAGCACUUGGAUGGAACUACGUGUCAACACUGGCUUCAGAGGGAAACUAUGGAGAGAGUGGUGUAGAAGCAUUUACUCAGAUCUCGAGGGAAAUUGGUGGCGUUUGCAUCGCUCAGUCGCUAAAAAUCCCCCGUGAACCAAGACUGGGAGAAUUUGACAAGAUCAUCAAGCGCUUGUUGGAAACUCCUAAUGCUCGAGCAGUGAUCAUGUUUGCAAACGAGGAUGAUAUUAGGCGAAUAUUAGAAGCAGCCAAAAAAACUAAUCAAACUGGACAUUUUCUUUGGAUUGGCUCAGAUAGUUGGGGGUCAAAAAUUUCACCUGUUUACCAACAGGAAGAGAUUGCAGAAGGAGCAGUCACCAUUCUGCCCAAAAGAGCUUCUAUCGAUGGAUUCGAUAGAUAUUUUCGGAGCCGUACCCUUGCUAAUAAUCGAAGAAAUGUGUGGUUUGCAGAAUUUUGGGAGGAGAAUUUUGGAUGCAAGUUAGGAUCACAUGGAAAAAGAAACAGCAAUAUCAAGAAAUGCACAGGCUUAGAAAGAAUUGCAAGAGAUUCAGCCUAUGAGCAAGAAGGAAAGGUCCAGUUUGUAAUUGAUGCUGUAUAUUCCAUGGCCUAUGCACUACAUAGCAUGCAUAAAGAGCUCUGUCCUGGAUAUAUUGGUCUGUGUCCAAGGAUGAGCACGAUUGAUGGUAAAGAGCUACUUAGUUAUAUCCGGGCUGUAAACUUUAACGGGAGUGCUGGAACGCCUGUUAUUUUCAAUGAAAAUGGAGAUGCGCCUGGGCGCUAUGAUAUAUUUCAGUAUCAAAUGACCAACAAAAGUGCAGAAUACAAAGUAAUUGGUCACUGGACAAAUCAACUUCAUCUAACUGUAGAAGACAUGCAGUGGGCUAGCAGAGAUCAUACUCAUCCAGCAUCUGUUUGCAGCCUGCCCUGUAAACCUGGGGAAAGAAAGAAAACAGUAAAGGGAGUGCCUUGCUGUUGGCACUGUGAACGCUGUGAAGGGUACCAUUACCAAGUGGAUGAGCUCACCUGUGAACUAUGCCCAUUUAAUAAGCGACCAAAUGCCAACCGCACAGAUUGCCAGCUUAUUCCAAUAAUCAAACUGGAAUGGCAUUCUCCCUGGGCCAUCGUGCCCGUGUUCAUAGCUAUUCUCGGAAUUAUUGCAACCACCUUUGUCAUCGUGACAUUUGUCCGCUACAAUGACACACCCAUCGUCAGGGCAUCUGGCCGCGAACUCAGCUACGUGCUAUUGACUGGGAUUUUUCUCUGUUACUCUAUCACUUUUUUAAUGAUCGCCGCUCCGGACACAGUGAUCUGCUCAUUUCGACGGCUCUUUUUAGGACUCGGCAUGUGCUUCAGUUACUCUGCCUUGCUCACAAAAACUAAUAGAAUCCACAGAAUAUUUGAGCAAGGUAAAAAAUCUGUCACAGCUCCAAAGUUUAUUAGCCCGGCUUCCCAGUUGGUGAUCACUUUCAGCCUCAUAUCCAUGCAGCUUCUUGGAGUCUUCAUCUGGUUUGCUGUUGAUCCACCACAUAUCGUAGUAGACUAUGGAGAGCAGAGGACACUUGAUCCAGAAAAUGCCAGAGGAGUUCUCAAAUGUGACAUUUCUGAUCUUUCUCUCAUUUGUUCCCUUGGAUACAGUAUUCUCUUGAUGGUCACAUGCACUGUGUAUGCUAUUAAAACAAGAGGGGUUCCAGAGACCUUCAAUGAAGCAAAACCCAUUGGAUUUACUAUGUACACCACCUGCAUAAUUUGGUUAGCUUUUAUUCCAAUCUUUUUUGGUACUGCGCAGUCCACAGAGAAGAUGUACAUCCAGACAACAACACUUACUGUCUCCAUGAGUUUAAGUGCUUCAGUAUCUCUGGGCAUGCUCUACAUGCCCAAGGUUUAUAUUAUCAUUUUUCAUCCAGAGCAGAAUGUUCAAAAACGGAAGAGGAGCUUCAAGGCUGUUGUGACAGCUGCCACAAUGCAAAGCAAACUGAUCCAAAAAGGAAACGACAGACCAAAUGGCGAGGUCAAAACUGAACUGUGUGAAAGUCUUGACACCAACAGUAAGUCAUCUGUAGACUUUCCCAUGGUCAAGAGUGGAAACACUUCCUAAUAGAUCUUCCUCUACCAAGACAACAUAUGUCAGCUACAGCAAUCAUGCAAACUGAGCAGGGAAAUGAAACACACCUGAAGUAUGUGAAAAUUAAAACAAACAAACAAUGAAUUUACUACCACCAAAACCUCGGUCUUGGAAAGAGCUGUAGACUACAAUCAACUCAACAGUCAGUCUCUUAAUGGACAAAGAUUAACAAGGAGCCAAAAGCAGGAGGGGCGGGGAAGGGAAAAGCUCAGUUUUAUACAAGUCAGACUGAAUGUCAAACUUCUAAACUGUUUACUCACAAAAGGAAGUAAAUCACAAAAGGAAAACAAAUGUUAGCUUGUGAAAAAAAAAAAUGCUGUUGAAAUAAACCAUGUCUGAUGUUAUACUUGUAAGUACUUUUUUGUGAUUGUGAGAAUUUCCAUUCCUGUCCCACAUUGUUCAACUUGUAUAAGAAGAUGAAUUUGUUUCUUGUGAUGACUGACUGAAUUGAAGCCCUGGGUUGUGCUAAAAUAAAUGCAAUGAUUGACGCAUGCAAAUUUUUAUACAAAAUAAUUUAUUUCUAAUAAUAAAGGAAUGUUUUGCAAAUGUUCAGACUUGUUUCGUUGAAGUUUUAAGGAAGAAAAAACAAAUAAUAUUUUAAGUCCUGACGAUAUUGUCUAUUGUUUGUUUAGAAUGUGCAGUAAAGGGGGGGAGGGAUAUAAUUAAAACAAUAAUAAUGGUGUCAGAGGAAUGCAGUGUAAAGUAUAAGCAUGUUGAUGGAGGUGUCUGUAUGUGCGUGCGUGUGUGUGUGCGCUCUCUGAGGUGGGUGAAUUUAUUUGUUUUUAAAAUUGUGACUAUUUUAAAAUUGCUGGUGGGAAUUUUUCCCAAAGUAAAUACAUUUUAUAAGAUUUUGUGAAAUGAAGGAUUCCUGAUGUUGUGCUCACCAUUUAUGAUUCAGCAACUGUUUUUUUUUCUUUUGAAAAAAUUAUCAGACAAUUAUAACAAAGAUGGUAAAACUAAAAACUCAGAUUUCUUAUAGUAAUCAGAACCAGCAAACUGAAAUAAAAGGUUAAUCUUAUUAUCCUAUACUAUGCUAUUAUGUUGCUGAUAUUCCCCCAUCAGCUAUGAUGGUUUGCCAUUGCUGGCAAUCACAUCUUAUUGAUGGAUGCCUUAGAAAUAAUGUAGAAAGGAAUCAGGGGAAUAUUUGGAAAACAGUAAAGUGGAUAUAUGAACUAACUUAUCAAACCUUUCAAAAUCAAAGGAAAUGGCUAUUCAAGUACAAUUCUGAUGUCUUCUAAUUUUCAGAAUUAAAUUAUUCAGUAGUUAAUGGUGCCAUGCCGUUAGAAAUGGUUGUACCAAAGACAGAGAAAAAACAAGAGAGAUUGGAACCAGUGUAGAGAUCUAUCAUGUUAAUAAGCCACUCUAGACAAGUUAAAAGCAGACUGCUAGAGGCUUUCAGCUCUGUCACCAAUGUCUAUGAUGUGCUUUGAGACUUUUUCUACUCUAUACAAUAUCUAC